AUGGCGCCUCGUAAUGAGCGAAGCUCGUUGAAGCGUCGACGGGAAAGCGAAGACCAGCCAGAGGUCGCAAAGUCACAAAAGCCGCGACGUUCAGAACGAUUGGCCUCCCAGACCGAAACAACAACCGUCGCCAAAACCCCGGUCAAGAAUACCUAUCUUCCAACGCCUUUGACACACCAUGAUUCUACAGCCACGGAUAUACAAAAAGCCGUAACCAUCACCCCCGAGGGGCACCGUAUCGCGAGUCCGGAAGACAGCUUGCCAGUCUUUUCGUCUCCUCCCGGUGACACACAAGCGCUUUCUCAAUUCGUCUACCCGCCGCGAGCGUUCGCAGACGAUGUAGAAGAUGAAGCUGCGGAAGGUGUCUGGGGUUAUCUGAUUCCUCUGGAUGAUAAGGCUGGACAUGCUCUGGUGCUGAAGAAAAGGAAUAGCUGUGACAACGGCUCGUGCGGCCAGACUGACAGAGAAGCAACAAGUUCACCCAGCCGAACCUCGAAGAAGCAGUCAAAAACUCCCAAGAAGCUAGACUCUUCCAAAUCGCCGGCCUAUCCCCCAGGUGGCUAUCUGAUUGGACGUCACCCUGAAUGCGAUCUUGUUUUAGAAAUCCCAACCAUCUCCAAUCGACAUUGUUUAAUCUUCAAUGAAACACAAAACGGAGACGUCGUUGCUAUUAUUGAAGAUCUCUCCAGCAAUGGAACCUUUGUCAAUGAGGCUAUCUUGGGUCGUAAUAAGAACCGGGAGCUUGAGGAUGGCGAUGAGGUUACAAUCAUUGACGAGGCCCGGUUUGUGUUCCGGUACCCACGGACAAGGGAUACCAGUGGAUUCCGACAGCAGUACAGAAUCCUCCAGCAACUUGGGAAGGGUCAUUUUGCAACAGUAUACCUUUGCGUGGAGCGCGCUACCGGGAAGAAAUUUGCCGUCAAAGUGUUUGAAAGGCGCCAAAGCGAGUCGCAAAAGUCACAAGCCGAAGCUCUUCAGCAAGAAAUUGCGCUGUUGAUGAGUGUGAACCACCCGAACGUUUUGUGUUUAAAAGAUACAUUUGAUGAGCGCGACGGUGCCUACUUGGUCCUGGAACUUGCCCCCGAGGGUGAGCUCUUCAACUACAUUGUGAGAAAGCAGAAGUUAUCCGAGAAUCAGACUCGUAAAGUAUUUCUUCAACUGUUCAAUGGUUUGAAGUACCUGCAUGAUCGCGGCAUUGUGCAUCGUGAUAUCAAACCCGAAAACAUUCUUCUUGCAGACAAGAAUCUCCACGUGAAGUUGGCAGACUUUGGUCUAGCCAAGAUCAUUGGAGAAGAUUCCUUUACCACUACAUUAUGUGGGACGCCGAGUUAUGUCGCACCCGAGAUUUUGGAAGAGUCCCGGCACCGACGAUACACCAAGGCCGUUGAUAUUUGGUCCCUAGGCGUGGUGCUUUACAUCUGCCUCUGUGGAUUCCCACCUUUCUCCGAUGAGCUCUGUACUCCAGAAAACCCGUACAAUCUGGCCCAACAGAUCAGAAUGGGCCGAUUCGACUACCCCUCCCCUUAUUGGGAUUCCGUCCCGGACAUUGCCUUGGAUCUAAUCGAUCGAAUGCUCACUGUGAACGUUGACAAGCGUAUCACGGUAGACGAGUGUCUCGAACACCCUUGGCUAACUGGCAAGUUCCCAAGCAUUGCUGACAGCACAGACGGCUUGACUGGCGCCAUGGACCAACUUGAUUUCUCGAGGAGGAAAGUUGAACGUGAACGGACACUACUCAGUUCAGUUGUCGAUGUAGAGGUCCAUGAUGUCGUCCAAGACGACGACGAGGAAGUGAAGGUGUUUCGCAAGAACCCAGCCAACAAACGCUUUCAGAACGGGAAAGAACACCCUGAGCCGGGACCAGCUGCGAACCGACGACCGGCUGAGUUCGUUAACAUGGGUGGCCCCGGAGACCAAGUCUUGUACGAGGACGAGGCAGGCACGCGGUAUCCUUCCAAGGGCCACCUCAAGAAUUAG